UUCGGGAUUUGGUUGACUUUAUGACAGUGUUCCAAACUAAUGAUAAAAUUCAAAAUAGUUAGGUCAACGAGUUCUAAGGUGUGGGGUUUUUUAGGUAACUAGAGGUCAUAGGUACUUUUUAAGGAAAGAGUAGCUUAAAUUACUGAGAUUGAGUUCCUUCAAACAUGUUCAGAGUUACCACAAAAAGUUAAAUGCAUGUAAAUAUCUGAUAGUGAAGUUUAUAUGAAGGAUUAUACUCAUUAGAAACUUGGUAUAAAAGUAUUUUGUGUUUUCUUAUGCAGGGACAGGAGUUGGACUCGAUCCCUGUGAGUCCUUUCCAACUCAGGACAUUCUGUGAUUCUAGUUACAAUGUCACUGGCAACUGGAGAUAUUUACCAGAAUUUGGUCAUGAUUCUCGUUUUCUCGUGUCAUUCUCUUGAAGAGAGGAAAUGAUUGUAGUGGAACGUGUUACAAAUAAGCCACUGAUACGGAGCCUUCGCAGUUCAGAAACGUUCCUAGAAGAGCAGAUAUAGCCCGUUUUUGUUUGUGUUCUGGAAUCUGUCUCAUUAAAAAGGGAAAUAAAAAUGACGACUUCGUCUAUCAGACGGCAGAUGAAGAACAUUGUGAACAAUUAUUCAGAGGCCGAAAUAAAAGUUCGAGAAGCAACCUCUAAUGACCCCUGGGGUCCCUCCAGUUCAUUAAUGACUGAAAUAGCAGAUCUGACUUACAAUGUUGUGGCCUUUUCUGAAAUUAUGAGCAUGAUCUGGAAACGACUGAAUGACCACGGCAAGAACUGGCGACAUGUAUACAAGGCCCUUACUCUGUUAGAUUACCUGAUUAAAACUGGUUCUGAGAGAGUGGCGCAGCAGUGUAAAGAGAAUAUUUUUGCCAUCCAGACGUUGAAAGAUUUUCAGUAUAUUGAUCGAGACGGUAAAGACCAGGGCAUCAAUGUGAGGGAGAAAUCCAAGCAGCUGGUGUCUCUUCUGAAGGAUGAUGAGCGACUCAAGACAGAGAGGGCCCAGGCCCUGAAGACCAAAGAACGGAUGGCUCAGGUGGCCACCGGAGUGGGGAGCAACCAGAUCACCUUCGGCCGAGGCUCCAGCCAGCCAAACCUCUCCACCAGCUACUCGGAGCAAGAAUAUGGGAAGUCUGGAGGAUCCCCAGCAUCUUACCAUGGCUCUACAUCCCCUCGAGUUUCCUCGGAGCUCGAGCAGGCCCGGCCCCAGACGAGCGGAGAAGAGGAGCUGCAGCUGCAGCUGGCGCUGGCCAUGAGCCGGGAGGUGGCGGAGCAGGAGGAGCGCCUCAGACGCGGAGAUGAUCUGAGAUUACAGAUGGCUCUGGAGGAGAGUCGCAGAGACACAAUUAAAAUUCCCAAAAAGAAGGAGCAUACCACUCUGUUGGACCUAAUGGAUGCCCUGCCCUCCUCGGCACCGGCCCCACAGAAAGCGGAGCCUUGGGGACCUCCUGCUGUUGCAAACCAAACUGAUCCCUGGGGAGGAUCCACAGUUGCAGCCACUGCCUCUGACCCCUGGCAAUCAUUUGGUGCCAAACCAGCUGCUUCUGUUGACCCUUGGGCAGCACCAGCAGGAUCCACAGCUCAGUCUCUGUCCAAAAAUGUUGACCCUUGGGCUCCUGCUCAGCCAUCUUCUACUGCAGCAAAACCUUCCGUGGAUCCUUGGGGACCAGCACCUGCAAACAAACCUCUCUCUACUUCUGGAAGUACAUCUUUUGACCUCUUCAGUAAUUUGAAUGGUACAGUUAAAGAUGAUUUUUCUGAAUUUGACACACUUCGAACUUCCAAAAAGCCAGCUGAAUCAGGUUCCACUUUGCCAUCUCAGCAUAGCGGUACCACAAGUCCUGAUCUCUUUGAUUCCCAACACUCAAGCGCGACAUCAGGCAAACAAAGCGCGGCUCGGAAAACCCCCGAGUCUUUUUUGGGUCCCAACGCUGCUUUGGUGAACCUGGAUUCACUGGUGUCUAAGCCACCGCAACCGGUUACUUCACUGAAUCCGUUCUUGGCACCAGGUGCCGCUACAGCACCGACUCCAAUCAACCCCUUCCAGGUGAAUCAGCCUCAGCCGCUCACUCUGAACCAGAUGAGAGCGAGUCCCGUGAUGGGAACCAGCCCUUCUUUCAGUGCCGUGCCGCCAAUGAGCAUGGAGCCGAUACCUCUGUCUUCCAUGGCCCCCGUGCCUGUGGGAAUGGCGCCAAUACCAGCGAUGGGCACGCUAACGAGGAUGGGCCAGGGGCUGAACGUGAGCAUUGCAGGAUCAAUGACCCAACCUCUCCACAGUACGGGAAUCCCGCCGUCAGCCUCCCAGGCUACAAAUACAACUAACCCUUUUCUCCUAUAAAGACCCAAUUAAAGGAACUUUUCUUUUCAUAGUGUUUCCAGGCUGAAGUCUUUACAGCGCGAUGAACGUGGCCUGUGUGGACUGAACGGUGUGUAAGAGACUUGGAAGUAGAUUUGCAGUUUACAGUUAUGAUCUUUGAAGAGUUGUCUCUACUUACCAGUUAAUCUAAAUCUAGUCUUUGCUACAGAUGGUACCUUACUUUGGCUUGUUGAGCAUUACGUGAAAUGUUCAGACUUUUCACCAAAGUUAGAUUCUGCCCAUUUUGUUACUUUGUUAAUCAUUUCAAUACACUUUCUAGGGAGAACCUGGCAUUUUAAACUCCAGUUGGCUAUUUUGUAGAUGUCAGAUGAUGUGCUGGAUCCUGAAAUUACUCUAUACCUGCAUUUGUCACUUCCUAUGCCCGUACGAUAGACCUGAGAUUCAGAGUGCUAGUGAAUGUUUUGCACAUACCUACACACAGUUCUAGACUGUUGGUUCACCCAUAGUCCUUACUCUUAGAAGAGAACGAUUCGGAGGGCCCAGGCGGCUGGUUUUUAUGCAUUAAACAUUGCAACGCAAAAAUCGCACUGCUUUCCUAUCAGAGGUUUGACCGAGAAAGCAAGCUUGUCUCAAAAAGGACAAAAAAACAAAAACAACAAAAAAAAAAAAAGAGAAAAACGUAAAAACACAGAUUAAAAAAAACCACCCAAGAACAUUCUCAAGUUGUCGAGUAUAACGUGUGCUGUUGUAUGCGGUGUUGAAUUUGUACACUACUCUCUAAGGACUCCCGAGGAACUCUCUGUGAGUGGCAUGCUGCACUCGUGCUGAGUGAGUGUCCUGCUCUGUGCUUGUCCAGUACCGGCUUCGUUUGGAAGUUUUCAUGUGUAUUUUGUUUUUAUUUGACUUACAAUGUGAGUUGAAAGAGGAGAAAAAGCAAAAAUACAGCGGGACAACUUUGGAUUCAGUUUCAACGGGGCAAGCUUUAAAACUAAUUCAGGCUUAACCUUGCGAUAUGCAGUUAUUCUUGUAUACUUUUGCACAUAUUUUGUUUAGUACAGUUUCAUAUUUGAGUUUGCAGAGUUACCUAAUAGUCCUUUUUUUGCUAAUUUUUAUAAUGUGGUUCUUAUUUAACUGUCUGGUUUUGAUAGAUUUAUCCAGUCUGGCUGAAAAAUUAAGAUAUUGGCAAAUGUCAUUUUUAUGGUUUUAAUGCCCUCUUAUUUAUGGUUUUAGCUCUUUGUUUCUGUAAAGAGAGUUUAAAAGGGAAGAUUAACACUAAAAUAUUUACUUUUAAAUGAAGUAUUCAUAAUGCGAAUCAAAACAAAUUCUCGUGACUAAUUAUUUUUAGAUGAAUUGAAUUUGAGCAUAACGUGAUUUAAGACUACAUUAAAAAGAAAAAACACUAAAGUCGCCUUUCCCUUGAUUUGUUCCCGUUUUCCGACUGCCAAAAUGGACAGACCUUCAGCCUUUAUGAAGAUCACAAAGAGAGGCUGUUUUUUCCUUGUAGUACUUCUUGAGAGGUUAAAAAUUCUCAUGUACAAACACGACUCAUUCAUUUUCUUCACUAAUUUUUCUUAAUGAAAGGUGCGCUCCAGAUUAUUAACCGGUUCCAUUUGCAACUAUUAAUUGUAAGCUCGACUUAGACGGUUUAACUUGCAUGUCCGGACUCAUCGGCACUAAACCGCGCUGAGGUUUCGGGCGACGUUUCUGGGGGAAACUCGGUCUUUUCGGGGACGUUGGAGCAGCGCUGGAGCUCAGCCCGUGGAAAGGGACGUCCCAGAGCUCGCUCCUGCCUCGGGGGCAUCUCCUCAAUGAACUGAUGCAUCUUGGUGGCCUUUCCAUAAUUAGGAGGGGAAAACAAAACAAACGCUGAAAUAAAUUGCCAGAGUUGUGUGUUGUGGUGAAAUGACGCUGUGUGGGACUGUGCCAGCCCAGAGUCGUGUGCCGCAGGAAAAGAGGCUGGCGAAGGUGGAAGGGACCGGGUUCUAUCUUAUGGUGGGCAGGGGAGGCUGGAAGACUAUCAAAUCUAGGGUACAAUCACAGGUUUGUAGCUGUGUAGGUCAGUGUAGCUCUGUUAGUACGCGGAAUGCUAAACGUGUGGAUGUUUCUAUGCAGAUUGUUCGAUCCUCUUGACCGCUGUUGAAUUUGCAAGUAGGAUUCGGAAUGUUCAUCUGCUCUUGUUUUUAUAUAGGAGGAAGGAGAAUUGCUGUCCACACCCAGUAUGUCUUUAAAAACAAAACAAAAAACCAUUCAUGUUGCCUUUCAGAGUAAGGAAAAAUACUUUUUUUUGUUGUUGUUGAAGUUAUUGAGAAGUGUAGACCAGGAAGGGUGUGAUACUUGCAGAAUGGGGGGGAAAGUGCUUUCCAAUUGAUCUGUGGCAAGAUUUAUCCUUCAUUAUUUUUCCAGUUUAAUUUUAUCAACAGUGGAGUUGAAGUCACUUGAUGUUUUUUCCCUUAGUCUGUCACCCGAAUGCAUUUGCAACAGUUAGAUGGGGCAUUGUCUGUUCAGCCAAAACGUUCUGACUGCAUCCUCUCGUUAAACACUAGAAAACUGUUUUUGGAGGCAAGAUGGGGUUUGUUUAGUAAGUAUUUAAAAUGAUAAAGUAAUCUACAGUUCAGAGUCACCAUGAAUCGAUAUAAACACGCUGUAGGUCUGGUAGGGAGCCCGAGCUUAAUGAAACUGCUGAAUGGCAAAUUGUUGCUUUUACCAAGCCACUUCUGUAAGAGCUGUAUUACUUUGACAUUAUAAAUAUAUAUAUAUAGAUGUAUAUCGCACAAUAAGCCAUGACAAGGCACUCUGAAGAGCGACCAGCCCAGCCCGUGGCGCUAGGAAGCGUUAGGCUGGGGACUAACCAGGCCGAGAUUCCCAGCCUAACCUGGGGCUUGCGGCAGGACCCGAGUUUAAGAGGAGAAGUGGCUGGUUUGGUAGAUCUGCUGGGUUCCUGGGCUGGAGCCGCGGCGGCAGCGCUGAGCAGUGGUUUCUGUCCUGGCCGGGGGGAGCGUCAGUCGUGCCCAGCGUGGUCCAUCUCUUUUUGCGAUAAUUUAACUGCUCUCCAGAAUAAUUCUUCCCCCCUCCUCGCCCUCCCGCUUCUUUUCACGCGGAGGACGCGUGCGGAUCCCAUCGCGUCCGCUCUGGCGUAUCGCUCCUCUUUCCCCUUCUUUUCUCACUUGCAAAUAUUCAAAGUGCUUUUAAUUUUUAAAAAUGUUAGUAUCCCGAAAUAGCCUUACUGGUCAAAUUGACCAAAGAGAAAGUGUUAAAUAUUUUGUAAAAAAAAAAAUUAAAAAAAAAAAAUCUUGGCAUAAUUUUAAACCCAAAAUAAGCUCAGUUAUUUAUUCAGUUUUAUACUAUAUAGAAACUAAACUACAUUGAGGGGUCAGGGAAGGAAAACCAUGGUGGGUUGUGGUGUUUACAGUCUUUUUGAAGUCCCGUAGCUAAGACAACUAUUGUUAUCCAUCCUCCCUUUUGCUGUUACAGUUUCUAAUGUGUACUGUAUGUAUUAAUAUUGCACAAAUUGUGGAGAAAUCUAUGGUUUAUUUUUCACAGCAGAAUCUCACAAGACUCGCUUCCUUUACAAGUGUUAAAAUUUAAAUAUUUACCAAACUGUUUUCAUAAUACUGGGAGCUGGCUGCUUUUUAUGAAUUUGUGCUGACUAUUGACAUUAUUUACUGUAUAAAUAAUUUAUCAUUUGUACUAUUGUAUCAUAAUGUCUGUAUCUUUGUGUCAUUUUUCCCAAGUGAUGUCACGAACGUGAUAUUUAAUAACGCCAUCAGAACAGUGGAAAGACAAGGGGUUUGUAGGUGACUGGUCAGAAUUAAAAUUGUAUUGCUUAUAUUCCAGCCGUGUUGCUUUUUCAAGACUCUUGUGUAGCGUUUAUAUCCCACUCCAAAAACUGUCACUGCCGUGCUUGCGUUAGAUUUCAAGAAAGCUGAUGGGUUGAUUGCCAUGAUUUAAGGUUUGUGCUACGAGUCCGAGGUGUGAGGAGAAAUCCAGCCGUUGCGGAGGGUGAUGCUGCUUGUACGUUGGUGAUGUGAUUUCUUUGAGUUCAUCGCUUUCCUGGGGCAGGCCUUGCUCUUGCUGUGAGAAAGGAGAGUUUCUUAUAAAUCACUUAAAUCGGAAUCCGUUGAGACCUUACUAACUCAAUAAAAAUGCAGACUUGUUGUGUUGCA